GUUGUGACACUUCAAGGCGAUCAAAGACUCUUAAUUCGACAGCCCAUGAGCGGCCCUCAACAAUUUCGAGGGCUUCGUCCAUCAUGUCGUCACCAAAUAUUCCCCGUCGUCGAAGAGGCACCGAGGAUGAAGAUAGCGACGAACUCGCGUACACCUCUUCAUCGAGCAACAAGCGCCCCCGCCUCAACCCCGCGGAUGACAAUGAAUCGGAGACUGGAGAGGAGAGUGAAGAAGAAAGCUCUCUAUCGGAGAGCCCAGAGCCUGCGUCUCAAGUCCCUCUAGCCGCUCACACUGGACUCGGUCCUGGUGGCUACAAGCCGGGCGCGAUUGUGCGCAUCAAGGUGAAGAACUUUGUCACAUACACGUCGGCAGAGUUCUUCCCAGGCCCGAAAUUGAAUAUGGUUAUUGGACCAAAUGGAACGGGCAAGAGUACGCUUGUCUGUGCUAUCUGUCUGGGCUUAGGCUGGGGACCUCAGCACCUCGGGCGCGCCAAAGACCAGGGCGAAUUCGUGAAACAUGGCAGCCGAGAGGCUACUAUCGAGAUCGAACUCUGUGGACCCCCGAAGAUGGGUCGUAACCCCAUCAUUCAGCGAACCAUCAAACGUGAUGGAAAUAAGAGCACAUUCAUGAUCAAUGGAGAGCCCGCAUCUAACAGACAAGUGCUGAAGCUGGCCCAGUCGUUUGCUAUCCAGGUGGACAAUCUGUGCCAAUUCCUCCCUCAAGAUAAGGUUGCGGAGUUCGCUGCACUUUCCCCAGUCGACCUUCUCCACUCUACGCAAAGAGCGGCAGCUGGCCCAGAGAUGAUCGAGUGGCAUGACGCCUUGAAAGCGCUUAGAGGCGAGCAGAAGAAACUGGAGAUCGAUAACCGCGGAGACAAGGAUAUGCUAGCGAACAUGGAAAACCGACAAGAAACGCAAAGAGCCGACGUGGAGCGAAUGCGCCAGAGAGCCGUGGUCAAAAGAAAAAUCGAGAUUCUCGAGUUUUUGCGCCCAAUUGUUGAGUACAAAGAAGGGCACGCGGCUCUUGAGGUCCUGAAAGCCAACAAAACUCAACUCCAGCAAGAACAUGACCAGCUCAAGGCAGAUCUGGAGCCUGCACUGCACGCGCUCAAUGUCAAAGAAGCCUAUAUUGAGCAGUUGAACAGUGUCAAAAAUCACAGAAAGGACUCCGUAGAACGAGCAUCCAGACUUGCCACCGCACGCGGUACACAAAUCGACGAAUACGACAGCAAGAUCAAGGACCUCGCUGGUCAGAUUGAGGCCGAAAGAAAGACUGGAGUGACGUAUAAGAAGGAAGCAGCAAACGCCCAGCAAAAUAUCAAGAUGCUCCAACGCAAGUUGGAGGAAGAGCCUGUCGAGUUCGAUCCAGAUGUCUUCAACGAAAGCUUGAGAGAAAAACGACUCGAGAAGCGCGAACUUGAAACUCAAGCCAGAGAGAUCAAGGACCGACGGCAACCCCUGAUUGACCAAAGCCAGGAGGUGCAAAGGAAGAUCCAGCAAGCCGAGCGACAGCUAGGCAGUCUAGACUCGCAAUCCGGCCAACAAGAACACAAGUUGGCACAAGCAUCCCACGAUUCGCUGAAAGCCUACCGAUGGCUUCUAGACAACCAAGACAAAUUUGAAAAAGAAGUCUUUGGUCCGCCCAUUGUGACCUGCUCGAUCACCGACCCAAAGUUUGCCGAUGCCGUCGAAUCCUUGUUCCAGAAGAGUGAUUUCACAUCGUUCACCACACAAACCCGGAACGAUUUCCGCACCUUGCAGAGGGCGCUCAAUGGAGAACUGCGCCUUCAUGAUGUCAGUAUCCGCACAUGUUCGAUGUCGCUGGAUAGCAUGAAGGCCCCCAUGCCGGACGAUCAAAUUCGCCAAAUGGGAUUCGAUGGAUGGGCGAAGGAUUUCCUCAUUGGCCCCGAGCCUGUCAUUGCCAUGCUGUGCAGCGAAAAGUUACUACACUCCACUCCCAUCGGACUCGGAGACAUCCCAGAGGAGGUUUUCAACCAAUUGCAGAACGGUACACUGAGCUCUUGGGUAUCUGGGCAGAACACCUUCCAAGUGAAUCGACGAAAGGAAUACGGUCCCAGCGCUACUUCCACCCGGGUUCGGCAAAUCAAGCCUGCUCAGGUGUGGACGUCACGGCCUGUGGAUGUUAGUCACAGGCGGCAAUACCAGGAGAACAUUGACUUGUGGAGAGAACAAUUGAAAGACAUCCAGGACAAGCUCCAGUCUGAGAAAGCUACCAUGGAAAAGAUCAGACAAGAUCAUGACCGAAUCGACCAAGAAACGAAUGAUAUCGAGAAGGAGAAAAUCACAAAACAGACAGCCCAUACUCAGUAUCGAGCCAUUCCUGAGAAGAUCGCUCAACAAGAGGCCAAACUACGACAUAUCACUUCAUUGUUUGAGAGGGUACGGGAUACAGUCCGCGAGUAUAGAGACAAGCAAGAUGAGUUCUCUAUUCAGAAGGCUGAGGCCACAGUCAAAUAUGCCGACGCCGUCGAAGCUUUCCGCCAAGAAUAUGAGGAACUCGUUAAACUGGAGGUCCGACUUUUGGAGGCAACCUCCGACCUUCAGACUCUACGGCAUCGCAACGAUGAUUGUGCCAGAAUGCUAGAAGAGAAAAGUACACAGGCUCACCAAGCGCACGUCACUGUCAGAGAAACUGCGGCGAAGCUCAGGGCUGUCAAUCAAAGAGCAAGACUCGUUAUCCGAGAAGCUCGCAAUCAACCUGACGCAAAUGAAAUGAUGCAAGGGUUGGCUGAUUACGACAUGGACAAGCUCAACGCCGACAUUGACUCCGAAAAGGCCCGCUUGGAACUUACCCAUGGCGGUAGUAGCCACAUGAUCAAAGAAUUCGAAGAUCGUGAGAAGCAAAUUGAGAAGCUCCGUUCCAAACUCGCCGAGUUUCAAGACAAGCUCACUCAACUUGGAGGCGCUAUUGACGAGAUCCGCAAGAACUGGGAGCCGAGGCUGGAUGCACUCAUCAAGAAGAUCAGCGAUGCCUUUGCUGAUUCUUUCAACCGGAUCGGAUGUGCUGGUCAAGUCACCUUGGACAAGGUGGAAGAUGAGCCUGAGACCGAAGGCGAGGUUGGUGGUAGCGACUUCGACCGGUGGGCAAUUCAGAUCCAUGUUAAAUUCCGUGAGAACGCACAACUGUCGCUCUUGGAUUCACAUCGCCAGUCCGGUGGUGAGAGAGCUGUAAGUACCAUCUUUUAUCUCAUGGCACUUCAGUCUCUCUCCGCCUCGCCGUUCCGUGUCGUCGACGAGAUUAAUCAAGGUAUGGACCCGCGUAACGAGCGCAUGGUCCACGGCCGGCUGGUGGAUAUUGCUUGUGCCUCUAGUGAGGAUGCCGAGACCGACGAGGACGGCAACCCCAUCAGCGGCAGCGGCGGUGGACAGUACUUCCUCAUUACACCCAAGCUACUAAACGGUCUUUCCUACAAGCGUGGCAUGCGGGUGCUCUGUAUCUAUAGUGGAGAGCACAUGCCCGACGACUAUGGCAAGAUCGACUUCAAACUGGCGAUUCGCAACAUGAAGGCGAUCAACACGAGAACUGGGAACGCUGGCACAGCACCCAGAGGCGUUCAGGGGAACAGCCAAGUCGAUAUCUACGCUUAACGAAGUUCAGUGUUUUGUACUUACAUGCGAUACCCAAGCCGGCCUUUUCUCGGCCGGCAAUCAAGGCAACGGUCGGCGCUACUUUUAUGAGGGAUGGGCCAGGAGCAAGGUGGGCAUAUACGCCCAUACGCAAAUCUACCAUAGCAUUCUAUUUGAUGUGAAUAAGAACCAAUAUUGAACUAUAUUGACCGACAUUGUACAAUAUUGAACCAAAAAUGGAGGUUCGCGAAGAUCCCGAACCACAGACACGACCUGCCCCUCUGGGAAUUGCGGGUCUGAAACAAAACACUUGCGGCUCCGGGCAUUUUUCUCUUUCCUCGCUGGCCUCAUGCAUGGCCGGCCACUCCGUGUCUGUGCUCGGUAGUUGGAGGGUUCGGAGAUGUAUCCAGACCCGCUUCUGGGGAGUAAGAUAGCACGGGGAGCUUACCGGUUUACCCCCUCUCUCUAGGGCUCUAACCGGAGAUCACAUUUGUCGAUCAAACUGAUAUGCGAGGUGCAAUGUGUGGAUUUUUUCCAGCCACUUACAGUAGUUCUCCUGAUUCAAUAGCACCGGGGGCUCCGGCCUAGAAAGUUCUUGGUCGAUCAACGGAUUCACAUCCAUGCUUGGAUCGGACGAUUCGACCAAACGAGUAAAGGUUGAUCCAUUCCUCCGAAGUCCAUACAGGUCAUAUAUUACGCACCAAAGAGAGAAGGGCGAAGAGAAAUCCUCGUGGCACACAGGCCGUAGAUCGGCGGGCGUUUCCGUCGCAGAUCACCCCGGAGGAUUGCACACCAAUCGUUGGGCGACAUUGGGCAUCUCGCUAAAAGCAACUCUAAAUUGCCUGACUUUUGGGGCUUUGGGAGUUUCUUUGAGUGGCCAAUAUCCCUGUUCCUCUUUGAGUCACCGCAUUUACGGGCUGUGGCGCCUCCGCCAGCCUCCAGUCUCCAGGUCUACACACAUGUACUCUGUACAAUACAGACCGUACACGUACAUACAGAAGACUGAUCGACACUGCACAGAAGGUAAUUGGCCCAAUAUUCUACGAGUAAAUCAUCAUAACCACAUUGUACAUGAAAGAUAGUCCCAAGUGAUGUUACCGAUGCG